UGCACAUGCACAGAGAGACUGAGACUCUGACAGACAGAGACUGGAUGCUCGGCAACUGAGACCCACAGUUCUUCAUUUUGUGCAGAACUCACAGGAACGAUGAAGAAUCUCUUUGCUUUGGCCUCCUGUUUGCUGCUGCUUUGGACCUUCACAGUGUUUGUCAGCUGUCAGGACAAAAAAGAUGUUGAGCUACAGGUGAAAGAGGUCGCCGAUGGAAUCGCGCUGUCUUGUAGUGAUGAUAAAAUAAAUGUUACAUCAAGUACUGUGGGUGGUGUUAACACAAAAAGUCUUCAUUUGCCAUACAAAGAUGACAGCACAGGAGAAUACAAAUGUGGAGAAAAUGAUCUAAUCUUUGUGAAAUUCCGCACCUGUGACAGCUGUGUAGAAGUUGAUACACCUUCCUUAAUAAGCAUGGUCAUAGGAAAUGUGGUGGCUACCAUUGUGGUAGGAGUGGGUGUCUAUCUCAUCGCUUCUCAGACCUCUCAGACUCGAACCGGCCCUGUCGUCUCUAACAAGAAGAGUAAAAGCUCCGACAGACAGCAUCUUGUUUCUGAAAGCAGAGGACCAACCAAUGAUCACUACCAGCCUCUGAGGAGAGGUGGCCAGAAAGAUACAUAUGAUGAACUCGUCCACAGAAGAUAAAUGGAAGGAAGCUCACUGGUGUCCUUAGCUGGAAGCUUGAGAGUCCUCAUAGAUCCAACAUCUGCAGGAGGGGAAAGUCUAGUACCUGUUUUCAGAAGUUGCAUCUAGCUAGGCUGUUCACCAUCCCCAAUGCAGGGCUUUAUUUUCAUCAUGCCUGUAAGAUGAUGCUUUAAAAUCACUGUAAUAUAAUAUCAGAAAUUAUAAUAACCUGGGUAGUAUUAGCCAUAUUAUACUUAUUGAUUAUUAAGAAAAAAAAUUGACUGUCAUGUUGCCCAAUGAAAACUCAGUGAAUAAAAUUAGCUACGCUGUCUUGUCAUGCUAUUGCGAGUGUUGAAAAUCUCUCAA